CUUAGCAUCAACUACCCAUAUAUCCUUAUCUUACGCCCACCAACCAUAAUAAAUCUUGGAUGCUUUAAAGUAGGCCAAAGUGCAACCGAACUAGUUUUGUAGUUUAGUUUCUGUAUCAGAGGCAAAAGCUAGCUCUAGCUGCUGACAACUAAACAGAUUACUAGGCAAAUGGGGAAUAGCCUGGGAGGGAAAAAGACGACCAAGGUCAUGAAGAUAGACGGCGAAACAUUCAAGUUGAAGACACCGGUGAAAGCUGAAGAGGUGGUGAAAGAUUAUCCAGGUCAUGUUUUGUUGGAAUCAGAAGCUGUUAAGCAUUUUGGUAUUCGAGCAAAGCCUUUACAGCCACAUCAGAACUUGGAGCCCAAGAGGCUUUACUUCUUGGUAGAGUUGCCAGAAGCUCCCAAAGAGAGAGUUCCAAGAAAGGUUCGAUCGGGAAUAAACAUGAGUGCAAAAGACAGGCUCGAGAGCCUGAUGCUGUCGAGGAGAUCUGUAUCUGAUCUUACACUGAUGAAACCGAAAAGUGUGAUACCCGAGGAGACUGAAGAAGGGUCUGAUGAAAGUGGAGCGAUGAGGGUGAAAAUGAGGCUACCAAAGGUGGAAGUGGAGAGGUUAAUGAAAGAAAGCAAAAAUGAGGCAGAGGCAGCAGAUAAAAUCAUGGAACUUUGCAUCGAGAAUACUAGCAACAGCCCAUGUGAAGCUGCACAUAAUGGAAAGGAUGGUUUGUUUUUGCAGCAGCAGCAACAAGUGCAUUGGAAGGGUAGCCAUGGAAGCAUCGGAGGAGGUUCCAAGGCCCGUGAGAAACGGGUGAGUUUCCUGCCAAUCAGUGGAGGAAGCCAAAUAGCGGUUACUUCCUAGGCAAUGAGAGGAGGUUCAGUAGUAAACCGACAGUUUCGAUAGAGCGAAAAUUUCUCUCACCGUCCAUCCAUAUAAAGCAUAAAUAAAGAAGAGCAAAGCAAUGAAAGAGGGGUCCAUAGUCACUAGUUCACCCUACGUUUAUACUCAGUUGCUUUUUUGUACAUACAACAAAGUUAGCUUUCAAGCUUUGGGGAUUUUAUGAAAGAGCUUAGAGUGAGAGAUGUAACUCUAUAUAUAUAUAUGUAGCCAUCUAUAUUUCAUCAAAAAUGUUUUAUGGUAUCUUCUCGACCAAAUAGAUUUUCUUU